AAUUUUUACGUGCAGUGCGGCAAUGGCAUCGAUGGAGUCAGGGACGUGAAGCCUGCUGCAGUGGCUAACCCAAAAGACCUUGACGGGAAAUUUUCAAUUUCCGACUUCCACAAAACAGUGAAUAUUGGGUCACUUGAAAGGACUUCUCUUCAAGCUCUUGUAGAGAAAUACUCCCUUAGGGAUCAUUCCCAUGAUAACAUGGAGAACGCUAAGGGAGGCUUGUUCACUGUGGAUGAGCUACAUAACAAUUUCCAUGCAGGGAAAAUGCUACCAAUCUUCUUUCCCAACAAAGACCCUGCUACAUCUCCUUUCUUGCCCAAGAAAGUAGCUGAUUCCAUCCCUUUCUCAUCAUCAAAACUUGCUGAAAUCCUCCAACUCUUUUCCAUUCCUCCAGGUUCUUCCGUGGCCAAAUCCAUGGAAGAUACAAUUAAAAAAUGUGAAUAUGCACCUGGUAAAGGAGAGACCAAGACUUGUGCCACCUCCUUGGAAUCCAUGGUUGAUUUUGUUAGCGGUGCCUUUAAAGUGGGGCCUCAAGAUACCAGAUUCAUUACUACCACUCACCCCACCAUGUCAACUGCUUCAUUACAAAACUACAGGGUUUUGGAAGCUCCUAAAGAGAUUAAAUCUUUCAGGAAAGUAGCUUGCCACCCCAUGCCUUACCCUUACGCAGUAUUUUUCUGCCACUAUGAUGAGGAUUCAAGUGAGACCAGAGUUUUCAAGGUCUCAAUGGUUGGUGAGAACACUAAAGACAAAGUAGAUGCUGCCGCUGUUUGCCACAUGGACUCCACUAGUGCCGCCCUUCUUAACCUCACAGACAAGCACGGCAAAUCUCCUAUGUGCCAUUUCUUCUCUGCUGGGGAUCUGAUUUGGGUUCAGUGAUUGAUGAUGACCUGCCAAUUAUCGCCUAAUUACUGGCUUGCUUAUAAUUUGCUGCUUCUCUGUCUUGUCAUGCAUGCAGAUUGUCUGAUAUUACAAGCCUAUAACGGUCCCGAAGCGUCUCUACUUAAAGUACGACUUUAGUUUGGUGUUUGUAGAUAUAAAUAUGAUGUAAUAAAAUCUGAUGAUACAUCCCUGAAUCCUGAUGUACAAGGAAUUGAAGGAUAUCAGAUUUUAAGGGGCUUGCUACUAUGCCAACUAUUGUAUUGUAUAAAUGAAACAUGCAUGGCACUUUAUGUUGGAAUAUUUGUUGAUUUCAUG